UGAAUAAAGUGUAUUAUUAGUUGGAUUAACGAAUUUUGAAAUGAAAAGUUGGAAAAUUACUCGAUUUUGUCAAUUCACGUCACAUUAAUAGAUCGACAACUCUGAAGCCGAUGAAGUCGGAAGAAAUGGAUUCUUCGACAUCAAGCCCAGAGCCGGUUGAAAUAAUGGAUGAGUCGACGCAUGCUUCUACGUCAUCGUCUGAUUCGGACCACGUUCUCAGACGAACACCACCAAGUUCAAACAAAACGUCGGUUACUUUUUCCAUAGACAAUAUCCUUAGGAAAACAAAGUCAAAUGAUAGAGAUAAUGCUUUUGGAAAAAAGACACCCGAAGAAGGCGGAACAAGUUUGAGCUUCGAUAUGCAACAUUUAGACACAACUAGUGAAUUAUAUCACACGGCGAGCCUACAAUUUCCCGAGACGAAUUUAGCUGAUACCUCGAACUAUUCCGCAGCAUCCCUGGCUUCAGCGUCGCUUCUGUACAACAGUUGGUUCGUCCAAUCGAAACCCGGUCAAAUAUUUGGUCUACAAGCGCCAAAGCCGGCUGGUAGGCGAUCAAGGAAACCCGGUAUCGACCGCAAACCCCGUCAGGCCUACAGCGCGAAGCAGCUCGAAAGGCUAGAGGCUGAAUUCAAAAUUGACAAAUACCUAAGCGUGAGCAAGCGCAUGGAGCUGUCCAAGUGUCUGAAUCUGACCGAAGUACAGAUAAAGACGUGGUUUCAGAAUCGCCGGACCAAGUGGAAGAAGCAGUUGACAUCGCGACUGAAACUCGCUCACAGGCAGGGUCUCUUUCAACCCACCUACUUUCCUUCAGCCGCUGCUGCUCAGUACCCAUUUUUACCGUAUUACGCUGCGGCCGCUGCGGCUGCUGGCCCAUUGGUCUUCGCUUCGGCAGCUAACAAUGCGGAAACGACGACUGAAACCGAAACCUGCGGUUGAAUCUUUUGUUUAUCGUCUUUUUCUUAUCUCCCUUACUUCAUAUGAAAAAAAAUAUUUAUAAUUAUCGUACGUUAACGCCAGCUGAGUGUAUUAUAUAAUGUAG